AUGGAGUACAUCGUCACAAACUGCAUCGUUCACGGCGUUUUAGACGAAAUUCAACCCCACUCUUUCGGGCUCCUGUUGGAUAAUGAGCUGGUAGCCGUGAUGUUAGGGACGAAAGAAAAGUUCCCGAAGAUCUGGAAGCCAAACGAGCUCCAACCUAUUCAAGGACAGACCGCUGUGAACUACUUUUCGCUCAUGGCAGACAUGCAAAUUGGCGCGAUGAGCAAGUCUCAAGGUCGAAUGAAGGGCUAUCAGCUGGUCACGUGCCGAGUUAUGUGCGUCAAAAGCGCACUUAGAAAGAAGGGAAUUGCCUCAACUUUCCUGUCAACUUGCAUUAGCAAUUCGCAGAAAGAAGGAGCAGAGGCCUUUUUCUUCACAGCCCCAAACAAGGCCAGCCAAAAGCUAGCUACGAAGAUUGGCCUGAAAGAGUACAACUACAUCAAAUACGAAGCUUAUUCGAAGGACUACCCUUUGUACAAGAAACUCGAAGACAAAGAAGAAAUUUGCAAGGGAUACCUUGCUCUGUUCAAACCUUUUUAA